AGUGUUGAGUUCAGAAGAAGAAAGCGGAGAGCUGCAAACUUCGUCGUCAGGUCUCUGAGAUCAGCCAUGGUGAAUCGUCUCACCAUCGUCCUCCUGGGACACGCUGGAGAAGGGAAAAGUGCCACGGGAAAUACAAUUUUAGGACGAGAGGCGUUCGAGUCCAGACGCUCAUUCAGUUCUGUGACAAAGGAAAUCAGUGAGGCUGCAGGAAAUGUGUUUGGCCUUCAGGUUUCAGUGGUCGACACUCCGGGGCUCCUGUGCCCGGGCUCAGAGGAGAAGAUCCGGGCCUACUGUCAGACCAUCACUGGUCCCUGUCUCUUCUUGGUGGUGGUGAAGUUGGAUUACUUGAGAGAAGAGCGCCAGAGGGCCGUGGAGGCUGCCCUCAGGGUGGUCCGUGACCGGAGCCUCCACCAGGCCUACCUGCUCUUCACCAGCGGAGAUACUUUGGAAAAAUCUCUCGAUGAUUUCAUCAGCAAAGACGAUGAGUCUCCUCUACCUAACCUGGUUAAUGGUUCCAAGGACGGCAUGUGGUCUUCAACAACAGGGACGGGGGGCCACAGAAGGUCCGAAAGCUUCUGGAGUCAUCAGGUCAUCUGGUGGAGGUCUCUGGUGGUCGGGAGCAGAGGAGGGUGGUGCUGCUGGGGAUGUGUGGAGCUGGGAUGAGUUCAUCAGGAAACACUCUCCUGCGCUGUGACAGGUUCAGAUGUCGCUCAGGCUUCG